AUCUGUUGUUUUCCAUCCUAGAACUCAAAAACACAUCCACUGUGUGUAGUCGUGUAUUUUGUGAUCUGCGCAAAAACGAAGAUUUCCGCGUUUUCUCUCGCACCCCGCCGCUGGCUGACUCACCGCAAUCGCAGCCAACGCGGCAACCUCGUGCCCAUUCCCUCCGGGAAAUAGAAAGAGGAAAUUUUUUGUUGCGUCAGGCAGGCUUCAAUUCGUACAGUGGUAUCGCGUUUGUUCGUGGGUGAGAACAUUUCCCUUCGUAACUCGCAUCUUCCGUUCUCUGAGAUGUGUGUGGCGGAUAGACCAUCGGGGCUUCUGUCGUUCGGCUUGUCUCUCCCGUUUCUACUUCCGCCGUUGUGCCUGAACUAAAAAAUGGCUUCGGGUGUUAGUUUGGUACUGUCGCCCACUGCUAGAAUGGUGCAAGCGUCCGUUGUUGCUGGCAUCUGCAGAAAAUGCCCGGCGUUGCCUGUCCUGUUGACUCAGUGUACAACAGCCCCACGGGUUCUGAGGACAAAGACAAGCUGGCGUGUUCCAUCAAAGAGUUCUUUGUCUUUUGAGGCGGGUGCUCCUUUUAAAAGAGCCUCUUGCGCCCUGCCAUCGUCUUCAUCCUCACAGCUUCCCGCGGCACACAGCUUUUCUGAGAGCCAUUCCCACGGGAGUGGUAACCGCGUCUGCGCGACUGGCGCCACCGGGAUAGCCACGCGCUGUCAGACACGUAUUUCAACAGGCUGUCUGUGCAGUCCGCAUUCUGUCUUUCGUUCUCCUCUUUCUGCGAGUGAGUUCGACCACAGGGUGCUGGAAAGUGAGACCGCACUCGCGGCCUUCAAUACUCGGCUGGCGGUCCCAAAGCAGAUUGCUUUCUCCGUGUUCUCCCGUGUCUCCCACCGGUCGCAUUCAACCACAAGCACUGGACGACCGAAAGUGUUCGAAGAGCCGGUCUCUGGAAGAGUCAGGAGUGAAACUGAUGGAGACGCAGCAAGCAGCCACGCCCAGCCUGACCGGGAGGCUCAGCCAAGGUCUAGCAGGUACGGGGUAAUUCAUGCAGGCGGGUAGCGAACAGGGGGGAUCAAAGUAACCUGAACACGAAGUGUUGCGUCUGUAAUGGCGACAGGAUGGCUGUGCUCUCGCUAGUGGAUAGGGUAGGCUUUAGUUUUGAGUGGAUGAGAAAUAUCAAAGCUGCUUCAGGAGUCAAUGGAACCGAACCCGCCUGGGGAAAAGGGACUUUGGAAACGCAGAGUCGCAGUGGAUUUCCGCAGCCUACUCCACGGACACGCACACUUUUCGGGAGUGACUUUCUUGUCUGUUUGUGCGGUGCAGCGACUCUCAAGUUUCAGGCGCACCUCUAGUGGCUCCCGGCUUCGAACGCUCGGUCGGUUUGUGGCUUUUAGGCUGCAGCGGGCUUAUCUUCGGCCUCGUCUGCUGGGGCGGGUACACAAGACUGACGGAGUGGCCUCUCUAUGACAGACUGGAGGUUCCAGGGGAAGAAACUUCCCCAGACUCCGGAGGAGUGGGAAGUGGAGUUUAAUCGUUACAAGGAGACGCCCGAAUAUCAGCAAGUUCACCACGGGAUUACUCUGGAGGAGUUUCAGCAAAUCUAUUUCAUCGAGUGGUUCCACCGCAUGUUUGCGCGGGCCACGGGGCUGUUCUUCGUCGGAGGGACCUUUGGUUUUGCCGCAGCCAAAGCUCUCACCUCUCGCAUGACCCUACGACUGGCCGGCAUGGGAAUUCUCGGAGCAGCCCAGGGUCUUGUUGGAUGGUGGAUGGUCAAAAGCGGAUUCAGCGAGCCCACAACAGAAAACAAGAUGCCGAGGGUGUCUCCAUAUCGGCUGGCGUUUCAUCUGGUCAAUGCCAUGGCCCUGUACAGUCUGGUCCUCUGGCAUGCCUUGUCGCUUCUCUACCCGGCAACAUCUGCUAUUGCGGUCGCAGCCGCUCCGACCGUGGGCAUGGCGGCUGUCCGCGCCGCGAUGAACAAACUCCGAUCACGCACGUGGGCCUUGGGAGCUUUGAUCGCAACCACCCUGUGUUCAGGAGCGUUUGUGGCAGGGAACGACGCCGGCCACGCGUACAACACUUGGCCUAAAAUGAUCGACGACUGGGUUCCCCCAGAGGUUUAUGAAGUCGUAAAACAGCCACUGAAGAUCUUUGAGUCGACGCCAGUUGUUCAGUUCGACCAUCGCAUGCUCGCGUACGCCACUCUGAUUGGGUCGAGUCUUCUCUACUUCACUGGUCGCCGACUUCCUGUGCCGACAGAAGUCAAGGUCGCACUGGCAGCGCUCCCCAGCAUGGUAACAUUGCAGUUGUUGCUGGGCAUCACAACACUCUUGUUCUUUGUCCCCACGGAACUUGGCGUUUUACAUCAGGGUGGUGGUAUGGCGACACUGAGCGCCCUUGUCUACCUCUGUCACACAAUAUCGAGAGUCUCCAGGUCACUGCCCGUCUAAUCUACACCUGCGGGUGAACAGAAAGAUUCUACGGAUUCGCCAGCCUACCAGAAUAAGGCCUUUGUUUGUCUCGACCAUUUCAUGCUAACUUCAAUACGAUCACGAAGAAACGCAUGGAGCAAACGGAGUAGACGUGAGGAAGGAAUGACUUUUUUUUCCGCGUGUGCGUUUUGACGGAGCUUGCAACUCCUCCGAUCGAGCCAUGUUGUCCCUGCGUGCGCCUCCAGUACCACGAAUGUCGCAAUUCCGUAAAUGCCGUCACAGGAGGCCCGGGAAGUGAUAUCACACUGCAAGGGGUCUCUCUGGGUCGAAAUGCAUCGCACGUAGUGUGUACGACAUACCACGACGAUAGGAUUUUCCCCUGUGACACAGCGCACUCUUCAGAGAGCGGGCACGUAUCACGACUUCGUCUUCUGGUACAAGCCGUGCCUUUUGAAGUACCACUUAAGUUCACUAUUCAAGUAAUGCUAUUAGUGUCUGUUCUUGGAAGUCCUGAAUGCCGUGAAUGAUGCAAGCCAGGUGCUCGCCUUUCGAUUUGUCAUUUUUGAGACGUGAAAAUGAGAUUUGAAACAGGCCCAGGACACCCUACAUUGCGUAGAAAAGCAAGACAAUGUUUUGUGUGCCACUAUAAAAGGAUAUACAGAUUCGUUUCUCUAGCUUGCCGGUCAGAUGAAAACGUUCAAGCGGAGCCUUGAUCUCGGUUAGCCUGG